UGUCGUCUGUUUCCGGAAACAUGGAGGCCGUGCUAAGUGAUGUGGUAGCUCCUGAAGACCUUUUAAAAUUUGAGAAGAAGUACAACAGUGAGCUGGUGAAGGGAGCUGUGUCCAAAGAAACAAAGUUUGAAUAUGCUUGGUGUCUGAUCAGGAGCAAAUACACAGAUGAUAUCAAGAAGGGAACUGUACUCCUAGGAGAGCUUGUUCAGAAAGCAUCGAAGGAAGACUCCCGCGACUUCCUGUUCUACCUUGCAGUGGCCAACUACAGACUCAAAGAAUAUGAAAAGGCGCUGAAAUACAUCCGAACUCUUCUAAAGAACGAGCCGGGGAACAAGCAGGCUCUGGAGAUGGAGAAACUCAUCGACAAGGCUCUAAAGAAAGAUGGCUUGGUCGGCAUGGCGAUCGUCGGGGGAAUCGGUCUCGGCGUGGCCGGCCUAGCAGGCCUCAUCGGCUUGGCCGUGUCGAAGGGAGCUGCCAAAUCCUAACCUGGACACGAGCAGGCGUGUCUCUAUUUUGCUGGACUGAUACAUUGACCCUCUGCCCGCUUAAUUUAACAUUUAAACGUGUGGAAACAAGUUUGAAGGACGAAACACUUUUGGUUUGAAGUUUAAUUAAAGUACCGCAACACAUUAAAGGGUUUGAAUAAUGCCAGUGUGAAUAACCUGUUUGCAUAUUUUAACAGGGUUGACAUUCACCGUUCAUAUGACAUCAUUUAGUUGUCUACUCACACUAUAGCAUGGCACUUUCUCUGUAUUUGUGUAAAUAAAUAACAAUAGAUGAGGUGCAGCUGAAUUUUAUGUAAUUUCUUAGUUAUGCACCUCUGCCUAAACUUUCUAAGUUGACAUUUACAUUUUGUAAAAAGAAAAAUUCUUUCUGAAAGUGCAGUUGUGGUUCUGUAAAUGUCUGUUUAAUUGUUUUUGACAUUUAAAAAAAUGCAUUGUUAAGGAAAGUGUUACUGGUGCAGUUGGAUGUGUAGCUUGUAAUGCCAAAAAAGCGACAGUGUAUAAUUAGUUUGCUGGCGAGGUUGGAGUGACCCAUACUCCAACAUACUGCUGUAAGAAGUACUGUACAUCCAGCUGUGGAGGCAACAAAGACACGUGUUUGUGCUGGUUGUAAAUUGAAGGUAAGGAAGGGAACACAAUUAUUGUGAAGCGCAUUUCUGAACAUUUACCUGUGCUACAUUUAAUGGGUUGUGUUUUGCAUAUUGUUAAAUAAAAUGAUUUUGAACUGA